AUGGCGGACUCGGAAUUUACAGAUGAUGAGACAGAAUACGAGGGACAGUCAUCUCAGGUGGUCGUCUUAGACGCGCUCUGGGCGCCGUUCCGCGUGCUAUUCUCAAGGACCGCUCUCCGCAUUUACCUAAAUACUUUACUAUUUAUCGGUGCCACCAUAUUCUUGGUGGGAAUUUCCGGUAUUGCCUAUGGCAUUUUCUACCUAAGAUUCAUUCCUACGGUCGGCGUUGAUCGUGAAGUUCAUCUACAAUUUGGUGACGGUUCUCCUUGGGGCACGGCCUCUUUCGAAUCCGAAUUCGUCUCUUCGCAAGCCUACGAUGUCGCCGUCGUCCUCGACCUACCUCGUACGCCCUCCAAUAUCGAUGCGGGCAACUUCAUGAUCGAUCUUACGCUCUAUUCUCCCCAGACAAGCUCUGUGCUCCCCACAGCCAGCAAUUCCGUUACUCCUAUUUCGAAAUCUCGCCGACCAAGCACCCUUACUUAUAGCUCGCCUCUAGUGGAUCUUGCCCGAAGGAUGGUACGCCUUCCUCUAUACAUUAUUGGCUGGCGUCGAGAGGCAGAGAGAUUGGAGGUCCCGAUGAUGGAGAAGCUUGCAUUUGCACGAGGCGCACGGAAUUUACCGCAGAACUUGCGCCUUGAGAUUGAGAGUGAAAAGAAAUUACAUAUCUACUCUGCCCGUGUCGAAUUCCGGGCACGAUUUACUGGGCUUAGGUGGUUUAUGUAUCGCUGGAAGAUCACGUCCUUUGUCGUGUUCAGCUCUAUGUUCUGGACUGUCUCGGUGACAACCGCGAGUGUCACCUGGCUCUUGUUGAAUUGGGUUUUAGGAUCUGCGCCUACGUCAACGGACGAGGAUGAAAUCAAGGAUGAGGAGGAGCAAGCCCUCGUUAAGAACGAACCUGAAGCUGAAGACAGUGGGUCGUCCAGUGAUCACGUCAAAGUGAAGAAGGAAGAGCCGGAGGAUUACCUUGGUAGCAGCCUCCUGUUACAGAGCUAUGCGGCGGAAGGUGACGAGGGCGGCAUCGGCUCUGGGCUAGAAAGUUCCGAGACGCCAGGAAUGCAGAAAAGACGAAGUCAUUUAAAAGAGUAUGACAUUUAA